AGUUCAGUUUAAAACCGUAGUAGAUCGUUUACGUAACCGUUAAUAUAUUAAAAAUGGUUAUUUUCACCUUAAUUGUUGUUUUAGCAAUUUUUCAAGGAGCAGAAGCUCGUUGCUUUUGUACUGUAAAGAGCAAUGUUCUUGCUAAGCAAACUCCUUGCGGAUUCACAAUUACGUCAAUACCUGAAGAAACUUGUUUCCCUUCAACCGAAACGAAAGAAACCUGUAAAUUAAACGAAAAUAACAAAGAAUUUCAAAGCAUUGAAUAUUCCCCUGGUCUUGAUCUUUGGAUUGACGCCGAUUCGUUGAUUGUAGCUCCAGAAUACAAAUGUCAAAAUACUAAAGAAACUUAUGAAGAUUUAGCUAAAUCUUGCAGUGCUAUUCAAAUUGUUACCAGAAGUCAAUGGCAGGCAAGACCUCCAAGAAGUAGAACAAAUUUAGUGACUCCAGUUUCUAUGUUGUUUGUUCAUCAUACCGCUGGAGCUACCUGUUCUUCUCAAUCAACUUGCAGCGCUAGAACUAGAGCUAUACAAAAUUAUCAUAUGGAUUCUAACAGGUGGAAUGAUAUUGGUUACAACUUCCUUAUUGGCGGUGACGGUAGAGCAUACGAGGGAAGAGGCUGGUCUACUGUUGGCGCUCAUACCGGCUGUCAUAAUAGAAGAUCUAUAGCUUUUUCAGCGAUGGGAAAUUUCGAAACCUCUUCUCCUCCUCAAAUUAUUCUUACUGCUAUACAAAACUUAGCUAGAUGUGCCGUAAGCAGAGGUAUUCUAUCUAGCGGUUACGAGCUAUUUGGCCACAGAGACGCAAUGUCUACAUCCUGUCCAGGAAGAUACCUUUACAGCGUUAUCCAAGGUUGGCCAAAUUUCAGCACAAGACCAGUGAGAUGUUAA